AUGGCACGUCGAAGCUGCGCGGAGCUCCUACACAAGGCUUCGACUGAGUGGCCGGAUUUGCCCUUCCGAGUGGACCGCGAAGCCGCAUCAAGCUUCGCAGAGGAGCUGGACGUCGCUAGGGUCAAAGCUUUCGGCGCUUCCUUGGCGACGGAUGCCAACUUCACGGGCACAGCGUGCCAGUUUGCUUCGGUAAAUGAAGAAGCCGGCUUUAUCCUUUUGCUGCAUGCGCUUGACUUCGGCUCUGGGUGGCGACAGGAACUGCACAGACAUCAUGGAAAGGGGGCAUAUUUGACCAUCAAGCCGGGCGUCGAAGCGCUCCAUGCGGGCGCGGCUGCCGCAGGCGGCUUUACGGCAGAGUGGCUCAGCAGCCGUAGCCUGGGCGAUGUUGCCAAAGCCUUUGCCUUGCAAGGAAACCCAGAACUGGAAGACUUGGUCGACCUCCUGUUGCAAGUGAUUCACGAACUGGGGGAAGGCUGUGCCAAAGAAGGGUCCCUCGAAGCAUUUGUGGCACAAGCUUUGCAUGCCUGUGCCGACUCAGAAACGCCUGCAGCAGAGAUGGUGUGGGCACUCGUGGACACGUUUCCUUCGACUUUUGACGAUAGAUACAUCCUUCGCGAAGCCCAGGCUGUAUGCUUCUUCAAGAAAGCUCAGCUGGUGGUUGGGGAGCUCUUUCAUCGCUUCCGCGAGGAAGAUCGCCGCUUCCGGUUUCCCGAUGGCGACCAUCUGACGGCCUACAUCGACAACGUGAUCUGCGCCACCCUCAGGUACAAGGGCGUUGUUGUUGCAAAUGCAGAAGCGACGAAGAUGAUCGAAGAGGGCCAAGAGUUGCCCAAGGGCUCGGAGUGGGAAGUUUGCUUCCGGGCGUUCAAGGUGCCGUUCAACUUGCUUAGUGCGAGCGACCCGUUUGAUUGUGCUUCGGUUGAGGGUCACAAAGAGUUUGAUGUGGCGAUGGCUGAUUUUAUGGAGUGGAUUCGGCGCAUGAGCCCUAAGUGCCAGAUCUUCGAACAAGUUGAUGACUUCAUGUCCCCGUUUAGCAAGAAGACAUCGGAAACACCGUUCGACAGGUUCAAACAGCUGCUCUCGGAAGUGCGGUUCCAGCACAGUGGCUACUACUUGGUCAAGAAGCACCUCGACAUGAACAUUUGGCUCAGUGUGAACAGACCCAGGAUGUUGCGAAGUGGCCAUGACAUCGUCGAUGCAGGUCUAGGUCGUUGUGCUGUUACCAUGUUUUCUUCUGCGAGCUCCAGCUCUUCCGACCAUGGAUAUGUUUCCAACGUCCGUGGUGGUGCUGAGCAGGCUCAGCACAAUGAUAGAGAUGAUGAUGCCAGUUGCGGCUCUUCCGACAGCGGGUAUGCAGCCGUCGUCCGUGGUGCUGCUGCUGGGGAGGCUCAACGCAACGACGAAGAGGAAGACGAUGGUGAGGAUGCUCUGCGAGCAUCCGGCCGGUUGCAGCCACUUUCGGAGCAGCGACCCCGCAAGCCGGGCAGGCCACCUGGUUCAUUCGGAGCCGGGAUAUUGCGUCAACAACGUGCUGGUUUGUUGCAGGGUCUGUUGGAGCAGAAAGCUGCAUCCAGACUGCAGCCGGGAGAUAUUGCAUAUGCUAGGCAGUUCAAGCCUCCUCCUGCGGGCCCUGCAGAUGCAGGCAGCUCCGAUAAGCGGUUGCAGGAGCUGCAGCGGCCCAGCGGUGCCAUUGCUACUGGCUUGUUAGAGUCGUGCUCGAUGAUUUGGGAGACAAUGCAAGACAUGGGCUCCACGUUGCAGCAAUUGUUGAUGGCUGCAGCCCGCUGGUCCUUUCGAUGCCAGACGUCUGAAUCUAGGGAGAGCUCCGCGGAAGCAUCUGUGUUUCAGAUGAAGGAAAGAGCCAUCAUGUCUGAUACGGCUUUGAAAGCGUCCCUGGACAACGACGCGGACAAGGAUCCGAUCGAACGUCGAAGCAUCCCCGACAGGCUGCGACGAGUUGCUGCGUCCUCUGUUUUGGGAGGAGGGCUGAUGUGGGCUGGGCUUCUUCAAGCAAUCAAUGCCAAAUCUGGCACGGAGUCGGCAUCAUUCCAGCCAGUGCUGUGCCUGGUCAAAGCUCGUUACGACGAGACUCCCCUGAAGCUAAAGGUGGAAGCAAAGCCUCAGGGCGCGGAGGGCACCCAGCGUGCGAGUUCUGGGAAGCAAGAGGAGACUGCAGAUCAUGCGAAGGUUUUGCAGACGGAGUAUUCUGUUCAUUGUUUGUUUGCAACCGGAGCAGGUCAGCACAUCGUGAUAUCAGGGCAAGUGCCCACAACGCUGCAGUGCGUCGACCGAUGCACAUCGGAAUGCUUGAAGAAGGCUUUGCUAGACACUCAAUCAGCGAUCCCUGACUUGGCAAGACUCAGCAACAUGUUCCAGCGCAAGCUUCGGGCUGCAGUCGUGGACAGAUAUGCAGCGAAUAUAAAGACGGAAAGAUCGAUCCAAGACGACGACAUGUCCUGGCAGAAGCAUUUGCAGUUUUGCGAGACUCAUAUAGUACAUCAGAGCAACCGGCAUUGCAUGGAUUUGCUGUCCACGGAUUUGAGUGGCAUGGUCAGCCUCGCUUUGUCCCAGCACGGCGGGGGCACCCUGCAAACACUGCGGGACAUUUUAUCCGACGUGAUCAAGACUGAUCUCCGCAUCGUCUAUGGAAUGCCACCUCAGGGUGAUGUGGUUCGCCGGCGCAAGCUGGUGCACGACCUGUUUUUGCCGCUUGGGUCCACGGAGGCUUCAGACUUCCAAACGGCGCGUCGACGUUAUGUUCUUUCUUCGUUGUUUAACAGCAACCUGGAUUCGGAGGAGCUGGUGCACCACUGUGCGUGGAACUGUUGCAGAGAUGCUUCCCACACAGAGGCGAAGUUCCUGCAGCACGGCGUUGCCGCGCUCUUGCCGAGAAAACUUGGCAGACUGGCAAAAAAUAGAUGGACGGGGCAUCGCUCUUGCGUAAACUGGUGCGGCCUUCUGGAAAGCCACCAUCGGCUGCUGACUAGAGUGGUUUCAAGAUUUACCGGAAGACCAAUUGCCGGUCCUGGAGAUUGA